CAUACACUAUCCACUCUGAUCAUCUCUGCAAUGCCGGCUGAGUCUAACGGCAGCUCAGGUCCGCCACGAUCCUCCAUUUUUCUCACACCCCCAAAAAGGCGUGUAGUGUUGGGAGACAUCACUGCCCGGAUACUAGCACACGAGGCGUCGCUGGACAAUGCUGAGGCAGGCCAAGCCGAGACGACAGGCAAUAACAACUCGGACAAUGUUACCACAGGCACGCUCGCGACAGAUAUCACUCCUACAGGUACCCCACUGACGUCCAAUGCUUCAAUAACCAAUCCCGCCGCGACAAUCCACACUACACCACGCGGCUCAGCAUCCAGUUACUUAGCUGAAGCAAGCGGGACCCCCCAGGAGCGUCCUCAACCCAGCCCGAUUCUAACUGAUGCCGCAAGAGUCCCUCCAUGGCAGCUCGGCAUGAGAGAAGGCGACUUGAGAGCGACGCCUCCGUCAAGAGCAGGCGGAAGCCGAGCCAUUGACCCUUCGCGAGACGAUGCGUACUGGGAGAAGCUGAGCGAAAUGGGCCUCGAUAAGGAUACCAAAAGGCGUAAAUGA